AUGAAGUAUUAUACUGGAAACAACACAGGAGAUGUGCCCGGAAACUUGCCUGAUCCGUAUUUUUGGUGGGAAGCGGGAGCCAUGUUUGGAACACUGGUCGACUACUGGUUUCUGACGGGAGAUACAACAUAUAACGAUGUCGUGAUGCAGGCCAUGCUGCACCAAGUGGGGGACGACAAGGACUUCAUGCCGGCCAACCAGACCCGUACAGAGGGAAACGAUGACCAGGGGUUCUGGGCCAUGGCGGCAAUGUCUGCAGCAGAGAACAAGUUCCCCGACCCUCCAGAGGACCAGCCGCAAUGGCUUGCUCUGGCACAGGCCGUUUUCAACGAGUAUGCGAUGCGAUGGGACGAGGCAACCUGCGGAGGAGGACUUCGAUGGCAAAUCUUCACGUUCAACAAUGGUUUCAACUACAAGAACUCGAUCUCGAACGGCUGCUUUUUCAACAUUGCGGCCAGACUAGCUCGCUUCACAGGAAAUCAGACAUAUGCCGAUUGGGCUCAGAAGAUCUUCGACUGGGAAAUGAGCGUUGAUCUGAUCACUCCAGAUAUGAAAGUCUACGAUGGUGCAAGCGUCAACGAUGGAGCAAACUGCGCCGGCCACGACCUCAUCCAAUGGAGCUACAAUGCGGGCAUUUUCUUGCACGGAUCGGCCGUCAUGUACAACAUCACGUCGGGGACGGAUCAGCAGACAUGGAAGACCAGAGUGGACGGUCUUCUACAGGAGACUACGGGUCUCUUCUUCAACAACAGCAUCAUGAUUGAGCAGGCAUGCGAGACUGUCAACCUUUGCGACAUCGACCAGCAGAGUUUCAAGGGCUACCUCACGCGAUGGAUGGCGGGGACAACCCAGAUGGUGCCUGACACGUUCGACACGAUCAUGCCGCUGCUCCAGAAUGACGCCCAAGCGGCGGCCGCGGCAUGCUCCGGAUCACCAGCUUCGGGCUUCAACGGGCGGCCGGGCACGGCGUGCGGCUUCAAGUGGACGGGGAACAGCUUCGACGGCCUGGUCGGCGUCGGCCAGCAGAUGAACGCACUCUCCGCAAUGAUGUACACCCUUGUCAACAAGCAGGGCAGCGCGGCACCUGUGACGGCAGCCACGGGCGGUACCUCGAAGGGUAACGCGAAUGCUGGCAUGGAGGCAGAGUACGGGCCGCCCAAGCUGGCCGAGAUCACGACAGGAGACAGAGUCGCCGCAGGGUUCCUGACCACAGCGAUUGUGUUCAGUGUCAUUGGCGGGGGUAUUUUUGUCGUGAAAUGA